CAAAUUAACGUUUCAGGGGAAGGCAUGAAUUUUGAGCCUGACAACAGCUCUGAAUUUCUUCCAAAUGCUACAAUUGAGCCUCAUAUAUGGGAAGCUUAUUGAAAGAGUACUGUGAACCUCUUCUUGCCAAGAUACAACAAACUAUGAUAAGGCUUAAAAUCCAGCCUAUUAUGAUUGCAUCUGCUCCGUUAGCGUCAAAAGUCUUUAGUGCCUUCAAACAAAAGUUUCAUGGUGGUGUUGUCCAAGAGUUUCAAAGACAUCAUAGCCAGGCACAAUUUGCAGAAGCAUUGUAUGGUGAUCUGACAUGGUAUAAGAUUUUAAUCAUUGCAUGGAUUAAUGCUGAUUUUAGAGAGUUAUUUGAUACAGUACAGACAAACUCUCUUUCAACAAGAAUUCUGAAGCUUCAGGUUUCCAUCAAGAUCCCCUUUUCUGGAAGAGCGUAGUGGCAGAAUGGUGUGCUAC